ACACACACACACACACACACACACACACACACACACACACACACAAAGAAUAACAUGGAGCACUGCAGUGGCAAGAACUAGAGGGACAUUGCUGAAAUCUUUCGAGCAAACCUACCCACUCAAAUCCGAACUCGGGGCACAGAAAAUAAACGAUAUAAGAGCCCAAUAUGAUCGAUCCACCAGAAUCCUAACACAUCAUUCACUGCCCAACAACGUGCUAACGAAUGUUCCCUUGGAGUUGCUUGGAUUUUGGGUCAUGUUGUAUGUUAACUCACUCGUGAAUGUAAUAAUGAAUAAGAAUUGGACUGCUGAUGCUGGAACAUGGAACACCUGAAUAGACAGAAAUAGUUACACAGAAUUUCAACGUGGAAAGGCUGCCACAAGGCAGAGAGGCCUUCUCAGGAAGGCCAUGAGACAUAGAGAAUCUGUAGGCCUUCUUUGAAGGAACCAGGCUCCUCUGAAAUAGUCAAAGAAAGGGCAAGACAACUGUUGUCACAGGAAGACAGUCAGCAGUGUGAAAACUGUCCAGUCUGCAAAUUGUUCAAAACUUAUCAGCGAAAGAGUUCGAUGUGGUUAAUUCUGAGAAGUAACAAGGACAGUGGUGCAAGGAAAAAGAUAUGUGGUUAGAACUGUGUUAAAUGGGUUGGAGGAGGCUUUGUCCUCAGUUCAUCUGCCUGAUCGCUCUUGCUUUAUGCUGAGAUGCUUUUUGAGAUGCUCCAUGGAACAGCUCAGCAGCAGUUAACUCCUCUGAAAUAAACCGUUCAGUAUCUUCACACCUCUUUGCUUUGAGAAAUUUCUUGAGAAGCUUUUAGAAUUUUCCACGACAGUCAACCUAAUAUUUACUGACGGAGGCGUUGUCAAUAAGUGCGGUAGCUGAAACCUUACUUGAGGGAAAACAAAAAGAAGUUUUCUGAAAAAAAAAAAUAAAAUACCUAUACCUCUCCCUGCAGAUUCACACUUGCUGGGACGUCUAUCUAAACUACAUCACCAAGAGAAGAGAAUACUCAUACUUUCAACAGCAACUAUGGCGCUUGAGAUAAGCAAAGUCGAGCUCCACGUCAAGGAAAACAAUAAGGAGCACCGCACUGAUGACGUAAGCGUAAAACGUUUGAUGGUGCGGCGUGGCCAGAACUUCAAAAUCACUCUCCACACCAAUCGGCAGUUCCAGCCUGAUACCGACACGCUAAUUUUUACUGCGGAGACAGGACCCAAGCCAUCAGAGGAAAAGGGCACGCGUUGCGUGUUUGGUUACCCAAAGUUGACGGGUGCAAAGAAAGCAUGGACAGUACUGGUACAGGAGAGUGGCCGAUCUUCCAUGACCUUGGCCAUAAGCAGCCCAGCUGAUGCCAGUGUGGGCUCUUACAAUCUGUAUAUGAGGGAAGGGUCACACGCCACCCCUCAAUCCAUCACAAACAUGGUGCUCCUCUUUAACCCCUGGUGCACAGAGGACUGGGUGCACCUCCCAAAGGAAACUGAGAGGCAGGAGUAUGUGAUGGCUGAGGAGGGCAUCAUCUACAGAGGAUCUGCUGACCGCAUCGGCCCCCUUGCAUGGAACUUUGGACAGGUACGCUUACAGCACAUGUGUGUUUUAUGA